AUGUUUAGUCGACCGCAGAAACCUGAACCAAGGACAAAUAAAAAACUUAAAUCAUCGUCGUCAUACUUCAGGUGUUACACGUCUUUAAUAAGUGCCAGUGCUUCCAUCAAUCGUUUAAUGGGAUUUUUACCAUACAAGCUCGAAUCAUCGAAACUUGUAUAUUCGAAAUCAUACUUCGUUUUCUCUACAAUUUCCAUAAUUAUUUAUUCGAUCUGCGUAAUUAUUUCUCUGCUCCAAGUCAACUUUUUUUCAAUGCAUCUUUCAACAUUUGCAAAUAAGUUACAUAUUUCUUUCAUAUUUCUUUGCGGGCCUGUGAUUUUCAUCUCGGCUUAUGCCAAAAAUCAAUCAAUGAUUCGAGCGAUCGAUGGCAUCUCGAACGUUUCUCGUAUACUGUCAUCAGAAACUUGGCAUAAAAUGGCUACAAGAAUUGUUAUAAAAGAUAUCUUAAUCCUGAUACCACAAAUGUGUUACAUUCCAGUCAUCAUCUUCUACUCAAAUUUUAUUUUUGGUUAUACCUGUUGGUAUACUUUUUUCGGUGUCAUCGCACUGAUCAGCUUGUACACGAAUAACGUAUACGUGUUAAAUGCCUGUUUUAAAUACAUAAACGAUUCUUUAGUGCAAGUGAAGGAAAUUCUAGUCAAUGAUGAGCCUCAUCUACUCAGAAGAGUCUAUCAUAUGCAGAAGAAUCCUAUAUUGUUGACGAAGUUGAGGACUCUUAAAAAGCAACAUCUAGAGAUGAGCGAACUUGUUCAGCUACUGAAUAGCACGUGUAGCAUGCAAAUCGAAGCCACGUUCACAAUAAUGGUCAUCGACAUUACAUUCAAUAUGUACAACCAUUUAAUCUUGUUCAACGAAGUAGGCAAGACGAGAUCGUUCUCUUUUGCUCUUAUCUUCGCAAUUCUUUACACCGUAUACGUAAUUAUAACAGUUUCGAUAGUUGAAACUACCAGAAGCCAGAUGACAAAAAUUGGCUCCAGCGUUCAUCGAAUUCUUGUACAUACUUUCGACGAGCAGGUGACGACGGAGUUGGAGUUGUUCUCGUUGCAAGUGCUGCAAACUGGUAACGUGUUCGUGAUGAAGGGACUCAUAAUAGACGCAACCCUUUUGACAAAGGUAAUAGGAGAUUGGAUCAAAAGGAAUGAAGUAUUUUUAUCGACACUUGUUACAGAUGGCGUGCGGCAUUACUACAUUUUUGUUAAUAUUAGUGCAGUUCUUACUCGUCGAGUCUUGUUAAAGAAAAACUCCUGGGUUAAUGGAUGAAAUAUAUUUAAAAAAUUAGUUAGAAAAAUUGAUAAAAUUA